AUGGCUACGUCUAUACUUGGGGAAGAGCCACGGUUUGGAACUACACCUUUAGCAAUGCUGGCAGCAACUUGCAACAAAAUCGGCAACACUAGUCCCCUGACCACUUUGCCAGAUUCCAGCGCUUUCUCCAAAGGUGGAUUUCACCCCUGGAAGAGGUCCUCGUCCAGUUGUAACCUCGGCUCCAGUCUGCCUGGGUUCACAGUAGCCACAAGCCGUGCGUCCACAGGACUAACCCCGACCAGUGGAACAGGGAACAGCGCUUUCUGCUUAGCCUCCACAUCACCGACGUCCUCCGCGUUCUCCAGCGACUACAGCGGCUUGUUCUCUAACUCUGCCUGUGUCACAUCACAGGAGUCUGGCCAGUCAGCGUUCAUCUCCAAAGUGCACACAUCUGCCGAGAGCCUCUAUCCACGCGUGGGUAUGGCGCAUCCCUACGAGUCUUGGUAUAAGUCUGGUUUCCACUCAACCAUCUCCGGGGACGUGACUAAUGGCGCAUCUUCGUGGUGGGACGUCCAUACGAACCCCGGUUCUUGGCUGGACGUGCAGAACCCGGCGAGCUCCCUGCAGAGCUCUCUGCACUCUGCUGCGCCCCAGGCCAUCCCACAGCUCAGCGGCUACAACCCAGACUUCUCGUCCCUCACACACUCCGCCUUCAGCUCCACUGGCAUCAGCCCGUCUGCCUCACACAUCCUGUCCACAAGCCAGCACCUGUUGACGCAGGACGGCUUCAAGACAGUCAUCCCCACGUACACUGACGCGUCAGCCAACGCUAUGAUCUCUGGCGGGAGCUCAGGAAUAAGCGGCUCGUCUCGCUCGUCCCGGCGCUACUCAGGCCGGGCCACAUGUGACUGUCCGAACUGUCAGGAGGCCGAGAGGCUCGGGCCCGCGGGGGCCAGUCUACGGAGGAAGGGACUCCACAGCUGUCACAUCCCGGGAUGUGGUAAAGUGUACGGGAAAACGUCACAUCUCAAGGCGCACUUGAGGUGGCACACCGGCGAGAGGCCGUUUGUGUGCAACUGGCUUUUCUGUGGGAAGAGGUUCACGCGUUCAGACGAGCUGCAGAGACACCUGCGCACACACACGGGAGAGAAGCGCUUUGCGUGUCCUGUGUGUAACAAGCGCUUCAUGCGCAGUGACCAUUUGAGCAAACACAUCAAAACGCACACGGCAGGAGGAGGCAGUAAAAAGGGCAGCGACAGUGACACCGACACCAGUAACCUGGAGACCCCCAGGUCCGAGUCCCCAGAACUGAUUUUAGACGGGGUCAAUCCCCGGAUCACUGUGAAGGAGCCGUCUCCUCAUGACGAGCCGUAG